GCGGGACCGCCCGGGGAUGCGGCCGCGCUAAGAACAAAAGCCCUCUCCGCGGUCACGCUUCGGGGUUUCAAAGCGCGGCAGGGAAGGGACCCGGCCCGGCCAAACUUGGAUCGCUGACCCUUCCGCGGAGUCGCCGCGGCGUCCGGACCGAGCUGCCCGGCUCUUCCCCGCACGCCGCGGGCAGUGCCCGAGAGCCCGUCGCCCCCCCGCCGCCAGCCGGCCCGCCGGGGCUGUCCGGACCCCGCUCCGCCCGGCGCCGGGGCCCCCGCCGCGGGACCUUGGCUUUGCCCUUCGCACGCCAGGUGGCGGGGCCAGCGGAGAAGGAUGCGUUUCUUCCCGUGGGGAUUUUGGCUGUUGUGUGUCGCCUCCGCCCCGGCUCGCGGUGACAGCGGCAGCAAGGCGAGGAGCUGCGCGGAGGUCCGGCAGCUGUAUGGGGCCAAGGGCUUCAGCCUCAACGGCGUGCCUCAGGCCGAGAUCUCCGGGGAGCACCUGCGAAUCUGUCCACAAGGCUACACCUGCUGCACCAGUGAGAUGGAGGAGAACUUUGCAAACAAAAGCCGAAGUGAAUUUGAAGCCAUGAUGAAAGAGGCUGGCCGCUCUGUGCAGACGACCCUAAUGGCGCAGUACAGAAGCUUUGACAAUUAUUUCCAGGAUUUGUUGAACAAGUCAGAAAAAGCCCUUUAUGAUACCUUUCCAAGCCUGUACGGAGAAUUGUACACUCAAAACAUGAAGGUCUUCAAGGACUUGUACAGCGAGCUACGCCGCUAUUACAGGGGCUCCAACAUCAACUUGGAAGAGGCCCUCAAUGAAUUCUGGACACGCUUGCUGGAGCGACUCUUCAAGCUGAUGAAUGCCCAGUACCACGUCACCGAUGAGUACCUGGACUGCAUGGUGAAACACGCAGAGCAGCACAAGCCCUUCGGGGAAGUUCCCAGGGACCUGAAGGUGAAGGCAACACGAGCCUUCAUUGUGGCACGGUCCUAUGCACAGGGCUUCCUCGUGGGCAGCGACGUGGUCAAAAAGGUUUCUCAGGUGUCCCUCAGCCACGAGUGCACUCGCGCUGUCAUGAAGCUGAUGUACUGCCCGCACUGCCGGGGCAUGGCCAACGUGAAGCCGUGCAGCAACUACUGCCUGAAUGUGGUGAAGGGCUGCCUGGCCAACCAAGCUGACCUGAACACCGAGUGGAAGUACUUGAUGGAUGCCCUGGUCGCUGUGGCUGAUCGGAUUGAUGGACCAUACAAAGUAGACACAGUAAUAGGGACUAUUCACUUGAAGAUCUCUGAAGCUAUUUCUAACCUGCAAGAAAACAAAGAUUCAAUCACAGCUAAGGUUUUCCAAGGCUGUGGAAAUCCCAAAAUCAGCACAAAAGGCUCCAGCAGUGAGGACAAGAAAAGGAGGGGGAAGGUUACAUUAGAAGCCAAAUCCUCUGCAGUGGCAUUGGAGAUGCUGGUUUUAGAUGCCAAAGGGAAUCUGACAGCUCUCAAGUCUUACUGGGUCACCCUGCCCGGCGUCCUGUGCAGCAAAAAAGUAAUGGCCAGCUCAGCAGCGGAUGACAAGUGUUGGAAUGGGAUGACCAAGGGCAGUUACCUGCCCGAAGUGAUGGGAGAUGGCUUAGCUAAUCAGAUUAACAACCCAGAGGUGGAGGUGGACAUCACCAAGCCAGAUAUGACCAUUCGCCAGCAAAUUAUGCAGCUGAAGAUCAUGACAAACCGGCUGGGCAACGCCAACAUCGGGAAUGACGUGGAUUUCCAAGAUGCGAGCGAUGACAUGAGCGGCUCAGGCAGCGGUGACAGCUGUCCUGAUGAUGUCUGUGGCAAAAGACUUUCUAAGAGCCCCAGCACCAGACAGCCAGAAACGCACGCUAUCCCGAAGCAGUCCGGACACGGCAUCACUGGGGCCAGCAGCAGAUCUUUACCUUCUGCCUUCCUCCUCUUCCUUUUGGGGGCUUCCAUUGCCGCGCAGCAUUUGUGGCGGUAACUCAGCAGGACAACCAAGAAAGAGACUGCGGCCAAGGGCUUCACUUUGCCAAAACCAACCAACAAGAGGACAUAUGUACUUCACCUUCGCAAAAAAGGAAAAAAAAGGAAAAAAGGAAAAAAGGGGAAAAAAAAUAGAGGGAGGAGAUAAAGGUUUCAGUUGUUUGCUAUUUCUGGCAGUGCUUGAGCUGUUUUCUUCUUUCUUGGUCUCUUCCCCAAUGCUGGGCCCUUCUUUCCAUACCUCAUUGUUUUACUUUUGUUAUUGCCACAAAACUGGCUUGUGGGGCUGAACUGAGCCUUCACAGAGAGGCUUCCUGGUGGCCCCUCCAGGGGCAGCUCUUGUGCUGCCUGCAGCGGAAUAUGCAGUUCCCCUGAUCUUACCCAGCCACCAGCCAGAGUGCUGCCUAGUGUGCUGCUUCCUAACACGCCGGGCUGAGAGCAACGCAGGGAGACCGAGCGCACCUGCGCUGUGCAGGUAUCUGGGGGCUCCUCCGAGGUUUUCCUCUGUACUGCUGAACCAGGCAGAGGUGGCCCUUCACUUCCAUCUGCAUACAUGGAAGUGUGAGCAGAUGUGGUGGGUUGAACUGAAAUGAUUUGGCAGUGACUGCUGGACCCAAAAAUGUAGAACUCCCUUUUUCUUUGGAAAGGUCACAAAUGGGUUUAUUGACUAGAGCUCAUAGCUGACGACAUUUUUAAAUGUAGGUCUCCUACAUCUAAGUGACUGGGAAUGAGUGUUAGGGGUGGGGGGCUGGGGUAUUUUUUCUUUGCAUGCUAGUUGGAAAGCCAUUUUUUACCCAAGUAAUAAUGGUCCAAUUUCUACCUGCAGUGCAGUACCAUAAAAGGUAACAGAGAGAUGAAAGUAUGCACAGUAGGAUUCCUUACUGGACAUAGUUGUCAUAGAUAGUUGUGCUGCCUCUGCCUCCUCUGGCCCCAGCCAUAGGUGUGAAUGCCUUUUUUUUUUGUAGUUAGAAAGACCAGGGGCUGUGUACCAACAAGAGCAUUGUGACUGGUUGUGAGAGCUUGCACGGGCACACAUGGGCAUCACCCCCUACCUUAAGGCAGCACACUGGUGGCAGUCAGCUGUGGCAGUUGGUCGUGCCUAAAACUUGUUUUUGACAUUAGCAGUUUAAGAGAGGAUGAGAACAUGAGCAAGGCAAUGCCAGCAGUUGGCACGGAGCUUGUCCCUCAGCGGGCAGAGCUGCAGGUCCUGGGGCUGGGCAGAGGGUGCCCAGUGCUGGGUGGUGGUGCAGGGUGAGGGCUGCUGUGCCCUCCCUGCCCAGUGCGUCUGGCAGCAGUACGGUAGGCCACGGACAGGCAGCACUGUGAGGCUCAGCCAUGUACAGCUAUGGAUAAACAGCAGUCAUGGGUUAGCUCUGGAAGUGCAGCAAGUUCCACAUCACCUUUACUGGUCUAAAGAGCUCCUGUCCUUUUUCUUCUUUUAACUAGAAUUGCCAACACAAAUGUAGCCUUCAGUUACAUAGAUUUCCACAACUGCAGAAAGUUUUGAUGCAAAGCAAAAGGGGAAAGGGCACUAAAACAUUGCAUCCAAGAAAGUUUGUGUUGGAGCUUUAAAAACAAAGGCUGAGGUCAAUGCUUUGCAUAGCAGAGCUUCGGAAGCAGUCCUCAUCAUUUCCAGCUCCAUGCAGUGACAGUUUGCUGUCAGCCUCCCACACUAACCAGCUCCCUCUGGGCUCUGAGAGGAGCACACCAUAACCAAGAAUUCACCGUGUCCUGUUAAUGCUUUAACAGUUAAAUAGUCCACACUAUCAGCUCUGUUACAUGAAGAAAAUAGCAGGAGCAGCUAAGCCUUUGGGGCUAGCAGUGUGCAAGUGGUGGUGGGUUGGUUUGGACGGGCCUUGUCCUCAGGAUGCCAGAGUUGUGGUCUGGAGAAGUGUAUCAACAAAGUCUCCUGUCUGUGGAAAAGGGAGAACCAGCGGAUUCCCAAAUGUCUGUGUCCUUAAGCCUGCUUUUCUGUGCCAUAACGUGUAAGUUACUUAGGGUGAGUGUCCCCAAGGGCUGAGUGCAGACGCUCACCAUUUGCAGACAACAAACUGCCUGUAGUUUUCCGGUGGGCUUGGGAGGGGCUAAGGUAGAGCAAAUAUCUCACAUCCACUUUUGCUUUAAACAGACGCAUUUCUGUCUGCAGGAGUCAGAAUUAUUUCACUUACUGGCAUAGCUGGACAGUUACCUAUUUCCUUCUGUCACCAUGGUACUUGUAACUCUCUUGCACUGUUUAUCUAAAGUUAAAAAAAUGUUCUUUGAAUCCUUGUAUAAAUAAAAAGGCUGGAGACAAAUCUGUA